CCCAUCUCCGCUGCCUGUGUGCCCCGUCCCAAUCUCCUUCCCCGUCCCCAUCCCCAUCCCCGUCCCAAUCCCAAUCCCAAUCCAAAUCCCCGUCCCCAUUCCCGUCCCGCCGCCCGGCGCUCCCGGUUCGCUGCCGUGCUCUCGCCCCGCCCGGCGGUGUCUCGGCGGCCCCGGCGGUGUCCCGGCGGUGUCCCGACGGUGUCCCUGCAGUGUCCCGGCGGUGCGGGGCCAUGUCCCGGGUGGCGGUGCGGGUGCUGCGGCUGGGCGCGGUGCCGUACGCGGAGGCGCUGAGGGUGCAAGAGCGCUGUGUGGCGGCGGCUCGGGCGGCGCGGGGCCCGGCGGCGCUGCCGGGCCCGGGCUCGGCCCGGGGCGGCCCCGGGGCGCUGCCGGUGGAGAGCGUGGUGCUCAGCGAGCCGGCGCAGCCCGUCUACACCUGGGGGCUGCGGGGAGCGCCGGGAGCGGCGGCGGCCGCGGCGCUGAGGGCUCGGGGCGCGGCGCUAGUGGCGGCUCGGCGCGGAGGCCACAUCACCUUCCACGGCCCCGGGCAGCUGCUCGCUUUCCCCGUGCUCGACCUGCGCCGCCGCCGCCUCCCGCUCCGAGCCUACGUGGCCGGGCUGGAGGCGCUGGUGCUGCGGCUCUGCCGCCGCCUCGGGCUGGGCGCGGCCCGAGCCCUCCCGCCGCCCUUCACCGGGGUCUGGAUGGGCGACAGCAAACUCUGUGCCAUCGGUGUGCACUGUGGGAACCACAUCACCUCGCACGGGCUGGCGCUGAACUGCUGCACUGACCUCACCUGGUUCGACCACAUCGUCCCCUGCGGGCUGGAGGGGAAGGGGGUCACCUCGCUGAGCCACGAGCUGGGGCAGCACGUCGCCGUCAACCACGUCCUUGAGCCCUUCCUCGACUCCUUCCAGGAGGUGUUUGACUGCACUUUGGUCUCUUCGGAAGAGCCCGGGGAUUAGGAUUGUUGUGGUGCCUUGGCUGGCUGUUUUGGCAGAGCCAUGGGUGUCAGGGCAGCCCUGGGGAUCUCUGUUGUGAGACAAGUUCUCGUGCCUUUGCCUGUAGACUGUGAGUGGACAGUGGCACAGCAUUUCAGGCUGCUGUUUCAUCAUCCAAACCUCCACUGGGGCUGUUCUCUCUGGCCCCGUGAGCCUCCUUCCCUCGUCUGAGACCUCCAUGGGUACCACGUCCCCACAUCACUUGCUGGGGAAGUACCCAAACAGCUGCUUUUGUGGGUCUAUUUCUGCUUUUUGCCCCACAAAAAUGAAAUAUUUGUGUGAAUGCUCACGAAUUCAUGUGGGUCGAGCAUCCUUCCCUUGCUGAUGGGUAAAAAGAGUCAGAUUUUAUAUAUAAAGAGAGUUGCUG